AGAAUGGCGUAUGAUGAUAUGCAAUUCAGAAACAACAAACGCUGGGCAAUUAGUGAUAAUGGUUAACAAGAAGCGCUUUAAAGUGCACCUUAAUGCGAUAUGAGCCAAACAACCUGGCUCAUAACAUUUAAAUAACCUUUUAAAUGUGAUGACUUCAAAACUGGACUGAAAUGAAGCCUGAAAUACGCGAUUGUAAUGACUGUAGUCCUGUGAGCGGUCGUCAGGGAAAACGUCACCUGGCAACAUCACAAACGCCGCUCUGAGUCACUGAGAAGUGAAUGAACCACGCCGAAGAAUGGAUUUGCGUGGACUUUCCACCAAAGCCAGACUCUUCUUUUAAUGCACGGGAGGACCUGAAACGGCAUGGAGCCAGGCUGUGCCCCCGGACCUCUUGCAGAAGGCAGAGCAAAGCAACUCCUCCAGGCGCUGAGAGGCUUGUACAGCGAAGGGCUGGGAGAUGUCGUGUCGGCCAAAGAGCCAGGGGGCUGGGCCCGUGUGGCGGGGGGGGCCGAGAAGCUGCUGACGAGGCAGGCCGAGGCCGGGGACGAGCAGGCCCUCUUCCUGCUGGGGCAGCUGUACUUCGAGGAGGGGUUGUAUGCAGAAGCUCGAGAUGCGUUUGAAACACUGAAGGACACGGACUUGAGGGCUCUUUACCAGCUGGCCGUGAUGCAUUAUGAUGGACUGGGAAUGGAAGCCGACCCAGAGAGAGCUGUGGAGUACAUGCUCCGAGUGGCCUCCUCUGACCUGCCCGAAGCUCGGCCCUUGAAAUACGCCGCGCUGUACAACGUGGGCAGGGCGUACCUGGAAGGAUGCGGUGUCCAGCCCUGCGACGCUGAAGCAGAGAGACUUUGGCUUCUCGCCGCAGACGACGGAAACCCAAAAGCCAGCGUCCAAGCGCAGACUGCCCUCGGCAUGUUUUACAGCCGGCCCGACUCCUUAGAUCUGGAAAAGGCCUUCUUCUGGCACUCCGAAGCCUGCGGAAACGGCAGUCUGGAGUCCCAGGGGGCGCUGGGGGUCAUGUACCUGUACGGACAGGGAAUCCGCUCGGACCCCGAGUCGGCCUUCGAGUGCCUGAAGGAAGCGGCCGAGCGAGGGAACGUCUACGCGCAGGGACACCUGGUGGCCUGCUACUACAGGAAGAAGCUCUUCUCCCGGGCCGCCGAGCUCGCCAAGAGGAUAGCGGAGUACGACGACAUCCCGGCGAUGUCGCGGCUCACCGACUGCCUGCCGGAGUUCAUCGCCAAGGGCAUGGCCGUGGCGCUCUUCUGCUACGCCAGGUGCUUGCAGCAGGGCCGGGGGGUGCAGCAGGACGAGGCGCAGGCGGAGCUCUACUUCUCCAAGGCUGCUGUGCUGGACUUUGACAUUGCUGCCGAUUUACAGCUGGAUGUCGCCUACGGGAGAAUUUAGCCGAAGAAUAACUCCUCUGCGGCUGGUUCUGGCGCCUAGUGGUGCUUAAUCAAUGUAGUACUUGACACUCUUAUCACCAGGAAACAACAUUAAAAACUGGACAAUUUAGUAGAUUUCGUUUCAUGUCUAACUACUGUAUGACUUUAGAUGUCUGUUUGACAUACAGUAAGAACAUAAGUAAGGUUACAAACGAGAGAAGGCUGUGCAGUACUCAACUGUCAGUUGAUCCCAGGAUGUCCAGACAUUUCUGGACAGAAACCAGGGUAAGGGCUAGACCAGUAUGGCUCUGUAGCUUGUUUCAGACCCCCACAACCCUCUGGGUCAUCAUGUUUGAGCAUUACUCAACCCAGGAACUGCUGGGCUGUGGCCCGGAGUAGAAAAAUACAGUAGUCCACAAUCCUCACAGAAGUCAAAUCUAGCUCGCUGAAAAUACCUGUACCUAUGAGUGUUUUUUUUUUGGUCUGACAAAUAUUUCGUGUACUGUUAUUAGAUGAAUAGCCAUGAUUGAAUAUCUAAAACUAAUUGAUAUGCUUAAUAUGCAUCUAUAUAAAAAAGUGAAUAAAGGUUUUGUAACCAA